AUGGCGAAUUCCAAGUACGCGCACCAAGAUUCUCUCCCUCUCCAGCCCUCUGUCAGAUACGAAUACGUAAAGAGCUUCGAGCGGUGCCAGCCCGACAUUCUUCUGCCCAACACGUGGAUUGUCAUCCGUAUCGAUGGGAGGGGCUUUCAUAAGUUGACGGCGAAAUAUGGCUUCGAGAAGCCGAAUGACCGCCGCGCGCUCGAAUUGAUGAACGCGGCUGCCGUUGGUGUGUUCAAGGAGCUGCCGGACUUGGUGCUGGGGUAUGGCAUUAGUGAUGAGUACAGCUUCAUCUUCCACAAGGACUGCAACCUUUUCGAGAGACGGGCAGCCAAGCUCAUCACCACCGUCGCCACGACCUUCACCUCGCACUACAUCCACCUGUGGCCGACCUACUUCGCCGGCAAGCCGCCGCUCACGCCGCCCAUGCCCAGCUUCGACGGUCGCGCCGUCAUGUACCCCAGCGUGCGGAACCUGCGCGAUUACAUGAGCUGGCGGCAGGUUGACUGCCACAUCAACAACCUCUACAACACGACCUUCUGGACGCUCAUCCAGCGCGGCGGCCUGGACGCCGCCGCCGCCGAGCAGCGCCUCAGCGGCACCGUCGCCGCCGACAAGAACGAGAUCCUGUUCAAGGACUUCGGCAUCAACUACAACAACGAGGACGACCUGUUCAAGAAGGGCAGCGUCGUCUUCCGCGCUUACGAACUCGUCGACGUUGUUCCGACGACGACAGAGAAGCAGAAGGAUGGGGGGGAGGCCCGCGUGGAUGAGGAGGAUGAUGAUGCGGCGGUGGUGGUGCUGAGCAAGACGGCGGCGGAGAAGGAGAGGAAACGACGCGCUAAGGCGACGGUGGCGGUUGAGCAUGUUGAUGUUAUUAGGGAUGAUUUUUGGCUGAGGAGGCCGUGGAUCUUGAGUGGGAGGGCGGGGAAGUUGAAGGAGUGA